AUGCAUAUUACACGAUAUUUGUUGAACGCUACGCAAAAGACAUCCACUGGACUUUUUGGUCUAGCGGUUCAUCCAAAUCCACGGCAUCAUCUAAUCGAAACUUAUAAUAAUACCCUCAAUGCACUCACAAAAUUACCUUCAAAUGCUUUGUACCGUCAGGCAACGGAAUCAUUAACAAAGCAUAGGCUUUCAAUUGUUGAAUCAACUGAAAACAUCAAAGAAAUUGAAAAUAAAAUUGAUGCAGGUAUAAUUGAAGAAGUUAUUUGGCAGGCUGAAGAUGAACUUAAGUUGGUUGCUAAGAUGGAAGAAUGGAAACCAUGGGAACCUCUUCAAGACCCACCACUAGAAAAACAAUGGGGAUAUGGAAUUUCCAAAUAA